GAUUUGCUGGAAUUGCGCAGGACCGAAGGCGCACCGGUCGAUUUCACAUCAAGCGUGGUUAAAGCAAGGGGUGAACAUCACACACUCGUGUGAAUGCACUCUGAAGCUUCCCACAGUGCUUUUAUGAGCGACACAUCACAGCGCCGAGACGCGCAGACGGAGCCCGCGUUGUAGCUCGAGGAGUACGCAGCGGACCCGCGCGCACCGGUUCUACGAGUUCAACUUGCCAGCGCUUUUUAAUUUUUUUUUUAAUUUUUAUUUUUAACCUGCAUGUCAACUUUAAAAACAUCUCCUGCAUAGAAUCCUCCCCACCCUCUCCCUCCCUCCCUCCCUCCCUCUCUCUUUCUCGCGCUUUGCGGAGAAGACAAUCUUUGGAUCGCACAAAUUAACGGAUGUUCUUGGAUAACCGCUUCUCGUUUUACGCGGAGAGCUGCUCCACAGUCUUGCACGGUGCACAUCGGUCCAGGAAUGGCGCGAUAAAGUGAUCAGAGGAAUCAGUCCAAGUACACUCACGUCUUGUGUUGCCGUCUCGUCAUGUAUUCUCCAAUUUGUCUCACUCAGGAUGAAUUUCAUCCCUUCAUCGAGGCACUCCUCCCUCACGUCCGCGCCAUCGCUUACACGUGGUUUAACCUCCAGGCCAGAAAACGCAAGUACUUCAAGAAGCACGAGAAGAGGAUGUCCAAGGACGAGGAGCGCGCGGUGAAGGACGAGCUCCUGAGCGAGAAGCCCGAGGUGAAGCAGAAGUGGGCGUCCAGGCUGCUGGCCAAGCUGCGUAAGGACAUUCGCCAGGAGUACCGGGAGGACUUUGUCCUCAGCGUGACGGGCAAGAAGCACCCGUGCUGCGUGCUGUCCAACCCGGACCAGAAGGGCAAGAUCCGCCGGAUCGACUGUUUGAGGCAGGCCGACAAAGUUUGGCGCCUGGACCUGGUGAUGGUCAUCCUCUUCAAAGGCAUCCCUCUGGAAAGUACGGACGGCGAGCGCCUCGUCAAGUCUCAACAUUGCACCAACCCAGCACUUUGUGUCCAGCCACACCACAUAACAGUAUCGGUCAAGGAGCUGGACUUGUUUCUAGCGUACUAUGUCCAGGACCAAGACUCGCAGCAGUCAGGAAGUCCCAGUAACAAUGAGCCAGGCAAGAGCCCUCUUCCAGUCUACUUGGAGGACAGCUUCAUCAAAUCAGGAGUCUUCAGUGUUACGGAACUGGUGCGAGUGUCCAGAAUGCCCAUCACCCACGGCGCCGCGGUAAACUUCUCAAUGGCCGACAUGCCCAGCCAGCCGUACUAUCACGAUCUGAACUCCGGCGUGGGGCUGCACCGCUCCCUGUCCUCCCCUCCCAACAGCAAAAGGCCCAAGACCGUCAACAUGGAGGAGAACAUGGACACCAGCCCGACAGGACCCGACUUCUACUCGUCACCCAGCUCGCCAGCCAGCAGUCGGGCCAACUGGCACGACAGGGAAGGAGCAGACAUGUCCUCUCCUACCAUGAAGAAGCCCGAUAAGCCGCUGUUCAGCCCCACCUCCCCGCAGGACUCCUCAUCACGACUCAGCACUUUCUCUCAGCCUCAUCACCCAGGCCUAACAGGUGUGGGACACAGUGUUAUAUCGACGAGGAGCCCCCCGCCGCACUCGCCCCUGCAGUUCUCGGCCUCGGCGAUCCUGCCCCCGGCGCCGUCGCCCUACUUCUCGCACACCACCAUCCGCUACCCGCCCCACCUCAACCCGGCCGAUCCCCUCAAGAGCUACGUGCCGUCAUACGACCCGUCCAGCCCACAGAGCAGCCAGCCUAACAGCAGUGGUCAGGUGGUCGGAAAGGUACCAGGCCACUUCCCCCCGGUCCUGGCACCCUCCCCGCACCACGGCGCCGUGCGGCCCGUCUCGCUCUCCAUGUCAGACACCAAGCCCAUCACCACAUCCACAGAAGUUAUGGCACGUUACCCAGGCUACUCAGCCCCCGGCACCCCGACGGCUAACCGUUUUGUAGGCCUGAGCCCAAGAGAUCCAGCCUUCCUCCACCAGCAACAGCUGAGGAAGUGUGACUGGAGCGUGACUCAAAACGGCAGGCAUUAUGGCCCCAGUGCCACUGACGACACUUUGGGGAUUACUUGGCAAAGUCCUGGUACCUGGGCGAGCUUAGUUCCAUUCCAAGUGUCGAACGGGACUCCGAUUCUGCCAACAAAUGUCCACCAGAACUACAGCAUAAACAUCAUUGGUGAGCCCCUGGUCCCCGCCGAGACGGGGAACUGAAUACACGGAGGCCGGAUGCCCCCCCCACGACCCCUCAUCCCCCCCACCCUCCCUCCGCCUCCCCCCAACCCCCCCCCCCAGGACGAACGCGUCGCUGGGGGUGUUGGCGGCGCACAGUCAGCACUAAAGGUGUCCGCAGCCAUGGGUGAAACCAGCAAGCAGCACGAGCUGCCCAAUCGUCCCCCCUCCCAGCCCCGUCCCCUCCGUGACCCCUUCUCCCCCCUCCCUUCUUCUCC